AUGCAGGCUUUCAUUCUUUUCUGUGGUUUUCUCAGCGUUUCCCUGGCCUUCCAAUGCUAUAGCGAUGGGAAUCCGGAUGGACAGGCACCGACGAGUGCUCAAACUGCGAUCGACUGUGCGGAUGGCUGCAAUUAUUGUGCGAAGAUUACCGGGAAAUUGAAGGGCUCAAAAAAAACGCUCUCUGGUUGGGGAUGCGGCUGUGGAGGUGAUGACUCUGACAUCGCCACGCCUGCCGGUCACACGUGCACGAAAAAGGAAACAAAGAGUUUGAAAGACGAUUCCGUCGGCAAGGGAAAACUCUACUGUUGCGAUGCAGAUAAUGUUUCCCUGGCCUUCCAAUGCUAUGUCGAUGAGAAUCCGAAUGGAGAGGCACCGACGAGUGAUCAAACUGCGAUCGACUGUGCGGAUGGCUGCAAGUAUUGUGCGAAGAUUACCGGGAAAUUGAAGGGCUCAAAAGACAAGGGCUCUCUUUGGGGAUGCGGCUGUGGAGGUGAAUAUGACCUCCCCUGGGUUUUCGGUUACAAGUGCACGAAAAAGGGAACACAGAGUGUGAAAGACGAUGCCGGAGACAAGGGAAAACUCUACUGUUGCGAUAAAGAGAACGUUUCCCUGGCCUUCCAAUGCUAUAUCGAUUUGAAUCGGAAUGGACAGGCACCGACGAGUGCUCAAGCGGUGAUCGACUGUGCGGAUGGCUGCAAGUAUUGUGCGAAGAUUACCGGGAAAUUCAAGGACUCAAAAAACACGAUCUCUGUGUGGGGAUGCGGCUGUGGAGGUGAUGAAAAAGACAUCGCUGGUCGUGAUUACAUGUGCACGAAAGAGGAAACAAAGAAUGUGAAAAACGAUGCCGGAGACACGGGAAAACUCUACUGUUGCGAUAAAGAGAAGUGCAAUUCGACGAAUCAAUUGUCAUUGCUUUUCCCGAUCUCGACUCUCAUUGCAAUUCUUCUUUUAUUCAAGUUU